GCCGCCUCCGGAGAGGAAGAUGCCCCCGCCUGGCCGUGCUGGCCGCUGCGUCCUCCUCCUCCUGGCCUUGCUGCUGCCAUUGGCGCCCCCGGCCCUUGCCCCGGCACCCCCAGGACCCGCCGCCGCCCUGCUCCAGGCUCUCGGGCUGCGCGACACACCCCGGGGUGCCCCCAAGCCCCGGCCGGUACCUCCCGUCAUGUGGCGCCUGUUUCGCCGCCGGGACCCUCAGGAGGCCAGGGUGAGCCCGCGGCGGACCUCCCCAGGGGCCACCCUCCGACCAUGCCACGUGGAAGAGCUGGGGGUCGCCGGAAACAUCGUGCGCCACGUCCCGGACCGAGGUGUGGCCGCUCGGCCCCCCAAACCCGCCCCGGCCUUGGGGCAGUGUCCCGAAUGGACCGUCAUCUUCGACCUGUCAGCUGUGGAACCCGCGGAGCGCGCAAGCCGGGCGCGUCUGGAACUGCGCUUUGCAGCGGCGGAAACAGAGCUGUCGGGCGGCUGGGAGUUAAGCGUGGCGCGGGCGGGGGAGGCCACCGGAGCAGGCCCCCGGCCCGUGCUCCUCCGCCAGGCUGUGGACGCGCUGGGGCCACCCGUGCGCACCGAAUUGCUAGGCGCCGCCUGGGCCCUCAACGCCUCGGCACCGAGCAGCCUUCGCCUAACGCUGGCGCUGCAGCCCCGGACUCCAGCCGCCUGUGCACGGCUGGUUGAGGCGUCUCUACUGCUGGUGACCCUGGAUCCCCGCCUGUGCCAUCCACUGGCUCGACCUCGGCGCCAGGCCGAGCCCGCGGUAGGCGGUGGCCCCGCGGGUGUGUGUCGCGCUAGGCGGCUCUAUGUGAGCUUCCGUGAGGUGGGCUGGCACCGCUGGGUCAUCGCGCCACGUGGCUUCCUGGCCAACUACUGCCAGGGCCAGUGCACACUGCCAGCAGUGCUGCCCGGGCCUGAUGGGCCUCCCCCGCUCAACCAUGCAGUGCUGCGCGCCCUUAUGCACGCGGCUGCCCCGGGGGCCCAUGACCUGCCCUGCUGUGUGCCCGCACGUCUGUCACCCAUCUCCGUGCUCUUCUUUGACAACAGCGACAAUGUGGUGCUGCGGCACUAUGAAGAUAUGGUGGUGGAUGAGUGUGGUUGCCGCUGAGCUGCAAGGGUCAGACCCAAAAUAAACAGCCUGGUCUGUGUCUA